UCACGUGCUCUCCUGCUGUCUCAGCAGGGACACUUACAGCGAACUGGACUGCAAAUUCAGCUGAUAACCUCAAGUGGAAGGCUGAAUGUAGAAGAUUAUUUACUAAGAUAGCACUGCACAUUUUGAAUGGUCUUACAUCUGAAGAUUUUUUAAUUAAAUAAAUAGUUUUGCAUAUAUGCUGAUUGGCAGUUCCAGCCUGAGAACAGAUAUAAUGCUGCAGCUGAUCUGAGCUACUUAUUGUGAAACCAAAAUGGAAAAAUGUUAAGCUGCUAUUUUCCUCAAUUCCCAAAUAGAUUAUUUAGCUGUCAAUAGCAGAUUGUUAGGUUUUAAUUUAGUACACAAUGUCUUAUCCUGACUUGGUGAUCAACAGCGACUGCAAAGACUGGAGCUGGAGUGAAGAUGCGGGAGAAAGAGCCCGGCUACUACAGAGCCCUAGUGUAGAAACAGAUGACAAGGUGGUACACAUCAAAAAACCCGUUGGCACUUCCACUCUUGGAGCCAUUUUUAUUGUAGUAAAUGCAGCUCUAGGAGCUGGUCUGCUGAACUUCCCAGCCGCUUUCAGCACAGCAGGUGGCAUAACUUCAGGGAUAGUCCUACAAAUGUGCAUGUUGGUCUUCAUCAUCAGUGGACUUGUGAUCUUGGCCUACUCUUCUCAAGUUAGCAAUGAACGCACCUAUCAGGAGGUGGUCCGGGCAGUAUGUGGACGCAUCCCAGGUGUAAUUUGUGAUAUAGCAAUUGCUGUCUACACCUUUGGAACAUGCAUUGCCUUCCUCAUCAUCAUUGGAGACCAGCUUGACAAGUUGAUUAGUGCUGUUGCUCAUGAGACAGAUGGAGUCACAAGCAAGCACUGGUAUAUUGACCGCAAAUUCACCAUCAGCCUGACAUCCAUCUUGCUAAUCUUGCCACUCUCCAUUCCCAAAGAGAUUGGUUUCCAGAAAUAUGCCAGUGCACUGAGUGUUCUUGGAACCUGGUAUGUCACUAUUGUUAUCAUAGUGAAAUAUAUUUGGCCAGAUAAGGAAAUUUCCCCAGGGUACAUUCCAGUCAGGCCUCCCUCAUGGACAGCAGUUUUUAAUGCAAUGCCAACUAUCUGCUUUGGUUUUCAGUGUCAUGUGAGCAGUGUACCAGUAUUCAACAGCAUGAAGAAACCAGAGAUAAAAUCCUGGGGACGAGUUGUCACAGUUGGCAUGAUAUUGUGUCUUUUUGUGUAUACUGGCACAGGGGUUUGUGGCUUCUUGACGUUUGGCUCUACAGUUAAUCAAGAUGUGCUGAUGUCCUAUCCUUCUAAUGACAUUGCUGUGGCCUUUGCCAGAGCUUUCAUCAUAGUAUGUGUGCUUACUUCCUAUCCCAUCCUGCACUUCUGUGGCAGAGCUGUGGUCGAAGGACUGUGGCUGAGAUUUCGGGGUGAGCCAUUGGAGGUGGAUGUCACCCGUGAGCGUAGAAGACGGAUCAUUCAGACCAUUGUUUGGUUCACUUUGACACUGUUGCUGGCACUGUUCAUCCCAGACAUUGGUCGUGUAAUCUCAGUUAUUGGUGGACUUGCAGCAUGCUUCAUUUUUGUGUUCCCAGGGUUGUGUUUAAUUCAAGUUAAGUUAUCAGAAAUCCAAGAAGUGAAGCCAGCUAAAUGGUGGGUCAUGGUGUUUUAUGGAAUCUUUAUGGUGACUCUGGGAGCCUUCAUCUUUGGACAGACAACCACUAAUGCCAUCUACCAGGAUAUCAUUUCCUAAAACCAUUUAUUAUUAAGUUGAGGACUGCAGAGCCCUUCACAUAAGCUUCCCAUUAUGUGACAGAACAGGACUGGAUAAUAUGGUGUCCUUCCUGUCUUUCACUUUGUGGCUGUUUCCUCCAGUGAGAAUAACUUGCAUCAUCAUUCUAUGAACACCCAUUUCUUUAAAAUAUUAAAUAUUACCAUUAUAUUUCUACUAUAAUACCACACAAAUGUACACCCUGUACAGGUUAGAUUAUUAAAUUGAGCCUUACAGGUAUUAAAAACCAGAGCAAGUAUGUUCAUUUUACUUGUGAUUGGUGUACAAGCCUUAAUUGUAGAGUCUUAGUCAUUAUUAUAGGUGGUUUCUGUUUCUUCUACAUAAUGGUUACUUCGAAGUACAAGUUUGUCAGCGCUGUUCAGUCUCCUUUUGUAAUAAUGUCAUUUUUAAUCCAGCUUCAUGACAAGAAAUGGUUCUCUUCUCACAAUGUAACAGAGUUUUUUUAGAUAUAUCAAGGGAGAAAGAAAGGAGCCUUGUUUUUUGGGUCUAAUAAGGUUUGUUCUUGUAUGGCCAGCCCCGUCUGAUUACAGUUGCAUUGUGUAAUGUCGGUGUUUAUAUUCACAGUUUGGAACAUCUUCAAUUACCCACUGUAGUUUGUGGCUUCAUUGCCAUACAACUGGAAGUAACUAUACAAUCCAAGUCUAUUUUAUAUUUUAAAAUCAAACACCAUUUAUUAGAUAAAAUAACUUUCCCAAAGAAUUGUAACUUUCUGUAUCCCCAGCUUCUAUUAAUUGGUCAGUUGGGUAGACCAUUGCAGUGCAUGCUACAGUGUCUGAUGUUUGGACAUGGGAGUUUAACAGAAUACCAUUUUAAGUUAAUUAGAAAACUAGUUUUGCACAUCAGUUAUUGAAAGUGAAAAGUUUGAACACAAAUACAUAGAAAGAAUUAUGGCUUAUAUUUAGCAGAAAUGGGCACUGUUAAGGUUUUUUUUAAUUGAUUUUGGGAAAAAAUCAUAAAAUGGAAGGGAAGAAUUGUUCUUAAAUGAGAGCCUGAAUUCUAGCAAAAGGUGCUGCAUGUUCUUUAGAUCCAUGUUUUUUGGAUUUUUGAAGAACUAUAUUAUUUAUGUUGGGUAUUUUAUCUUACUACAAAUUUUGAGUGAUUUUUAAAUAUCUUCUGCUUUUUAUAAUUUAACAUACACUAAAUGUUUAGUAUCUUUUUCUAGUUCAAAUGUAGAUUUAAUUAAUGAAAAGUAUGGAAUAUUUUCUUUCCUUUUGUGAAGGAAUGAAACUUUUUUAAUCAAUUAUUUUCCUUCAUUAUUUUUAAUUUGAAUUACAGGACCCAUGUUGGGAAAUAUUAACAGACGUGUAAUGUCAUACUGGCUCAUGUCACUCACACAUUUAUUAUAAUAUAGCCAAUCACAAUUAGUUAAUUUAUAUAAAAAAAAAAAAAAACUGGUGAGCUCAAUUUGUUUGUUCCUGCAGUGUGAACAGUUUACAGCUAAGCUGCUAAAUUACGUAACUUCCUCUGACAUUAAAAUUUGCAGAUUACCCAUAUACUCUAACCCUCACUUGUGUAUGUGGGUGAAGGACUCGCGCUCCAUCAUAUUUGCUUCAAUCUGGUCACCAGGGACUUUGAAAGUGCAUAUAUAAUAUAAUAUAUUAUUCAUUAUAUAUAUAUAAUGAAAGGAAAGGGAAUAAUAUAUUUAUGUGCAGAAUGUGUUUAGCAAACAUUGCCAGGGAAUAUUAUAUUCCAGUUUUAUUACAAGACAAUAUAGGACCAAGUAACAUAUUGCAAAGUGAUAACCAAGAAGAAUGCUUAGAUAGGCAUACCUGCCAUUUUUAAAUUAAAAGGGAUUUACGUUUUGAUUGGGAACCCAUCUUUUUGAUUUGUACCACAGGUUGCGGUAUUCUAGUUAGUGCAUAUUGGCUGAGCAGAAACAGCAGCAGGUGAAAUCUUAAGAAUCUGACAAAUACAAAUCCUAGAAUAAAGGUAAAAAUAAACAAAACACUAAUCCUCUGUGGAGUUUGAAGUGUAGCACUAGAUGAAAAACUGCUGUUAGACUUUAUGCACCCUUCUGCAGUCAGUGGAGCUGCUGGGUCAAAUAUAUAGGGUUCCUCUGAAUUUAGAAAUUGGUUGUACCAACUGGUAUAAAAUAAGGAUUAUUGUACACAAAUACAUACUCUCUAUGUAUUUCCACAGCAUUGUUACUUUGUAUAAAGAAAUAAAAGUGAUUAUUUCA